AUGGCAGCAAUCCGGAAGAAAUUGGUUAUUGUUGGCGAUGGAGCAUGUGGAAAAACUUGCUUAUUGAUUGUAUUCAGUAAGGAUCAAUUUCCGGAUGUUUAUGUGCCAACAGUAUUUGAAAAUUAUGUUGCCGAUAUUGAAGUUGAUGGUAAACAGGUAGAAUUGGCUUUAUGGGAUACAGCAGGUCAAGAAGAUUAUGAUCGAUUAAGACCGCUAAGUUAUCCGGAUACUGAUGUGAUAUUAAUGUGCUUUAGCAUUGAUUCGCCGGAUUCAUUGGAAAAUAUUCCGGAAAAAUGGACUCCUGAGGUUCGGCAUUUUUGUCCCAAUGUUCCGAUAAUACUGGUAGGUAACAAAAAGGAUUUACGGAGUGAUGCGCAAACCGUUCGAGAAUUGCAAAAAAUGAAACAGGAACCGGUAAAAUAUGAACAGGGAAAAGCAAUGGCUGAUCAAAUUGGCGCUGCAUCAUAUAUCGAAUGUUCUGCUAAAACGAAAGAUGGUGUACGGGAAGUAUUCGAAAUGGCUACUCGUGCUGCUUUAGCAGCAAAAAAGAAGAAAAAACACAGAUGCGUUAUGUUUUGA